AUGUCUACCGAGGUUCCGCCAGAGGCUUCCAGAUUGGAGGACUUGCCAAGACCUGUGAAGACCUAUCACUCCGAGACUUAUGAUCGCAUUGCUCCCGCCAAGACCAAGUUCGAUGGCAAGGACAAAGUGGUCCUGAUCACCGGCGGAGCUACCGGCAUUGGAUUCUCCAUCGCGCAGUCCUUCGCGGAGGCUGGAGUUUUCAAGAUCAUUAUUGUCUCCCGAAGUCCGGGCCCCCAAGCAGAGGCAAAGGAGGAAUUGGGAGCGAAGUUUCCCAAUGUGGAGGUUGUGCUCUGCCAGGCCAGCAUGACCGAUUACGGUCGCAUGGUGGAGAUCCAGGAUGAAUUUGGCCCUGUUGGUGAGGAUAGCGGGCGGCCAUGAUCUGCAAUGGUUGGCUGACAAGCUCCCAGACGUACUCGUCCUCUCUGCGGCGGCGUCUCACCCCUUCUUGCCCGCGCUUGACCUGCCCUCAUCUGAAGUGCUCGACACCGUUCUCACCAACGUGAACGCCAACUACCAUAUCCUUCGACACUACCUUGGGCAGCCAAGUCCAGCAGCCGGCUCCAAGACUGUCAUCAACGUGUCCUCAUGCUCAUCACACAUGACCAUUCCAGGCCAGACGGGGUAUGGUCCUUCCAAAGCCGCUUUCACGCAGAUGAUCACGCAACUCGCCUCGCAGAUUACGCCGCAGAAAGACAGCGUGCGUAUGUUCAGCUACCACCCAGGAGCACUGUAUACCCCAACUGUGCGGAAGCUGGGCAUGACGGAGGAUGCUCUCAAGUGGGAGGACAUUCGACUCCCGGGGCAUUUCGCUGUUUGGCUUGCUUCACCUGAGAGUGACUUCUUGCAUGGCAAGUUCGUGUGGGCUGCUUGGGAUGUUGAUGAGCUGGUGGAGUUGAAGGGCAGAGUGGAGAAGGAUGCAAGUUUCUUGACGAUUGGUUUGGUGCAGUAG